AUGACCUCCUCGCCAGACGGCCUCCCGCUGCCUCCAGUGCCAGAUCAGGCUCCAGCCCAAGAGCAAGCUGCAGCGUCGUUUCGCCAAUCAAAGAUCUGCAUUUGCGUCGAUGUAUCUGGCAGCACGUAUGGACCUGCACUCACGGCUGAAAUAAAGGCAGUCAAGCAAGUGUGCUCUUUCAUACCCCAGAGUAUGUACGAAAACAUAACCAUCAUUCCCUGGAAUGACGCAUCGGAGCGACCGCGGUCACUCUCGCAAAUCCAUACCUUGGAAUCUGGAGGUGGAACUGAUCCAAAUGUUCUUCUGGAGGACCCAGAGUGCAGACUUCUUCUACAGGAAGCAGACUUUUGGUUUCUCAUGACAGACGGCGAGAUAGACCAGAGCGUGGUUCGUCAGUUUGCGCGAAAUCUCACCGACUACGGAAUGCACGGCAAAGCUUGCAUAGUCUCUGUCUUUGGUGAGAAGUUGAUGAAGCCAAGCCACUGCAACAUCACUGUCGGGCUCUCCGUCUUCGCCGUCAGCCCCCACGUAGUGUUUAUAAAUCCAACUUUGGACUAUGACACCAACUGGUCCGACCUACCUUUUGUUUCCUACGAAAACCUCACCCGAAUUUCUGUUCCUAGAGCUCAGAAGGUUGAGAAGGACGAGCUUAUUCUCCACGGGAACACUCGCGUCAACAUCAACAAUCUCGUAUCUCGCGAGACGAUUGAUGAAGACCUAAUGCGCCAGAUCAUGCUCAAUGAGGAUAAUAUCAAGACCAUCGCACUGACCGCCAAGCUUAGGGGAGAGUCUGAUAAACUGACUAAGUGGCUGGAUAAGGUCGAUGCCAAGAUCGAACAAGAUAGUAUAAGUGAGGCUUUUGGUCACAAAGACUCCCAGCUUCUAAAGGAUACUAUAGCAGAGAUAGGAGAAGCGAAUGGGACUCAAGUAUCCUUAGAUGACUACGGAGCAAUGGGAUAUGGUGCCCAAAACGCAUAUGCCUUCGAACCUUGCCCAGCUCAUAUUUCAUUUCCCCACGCCUACCAUCAGGAGUUUAAAAAAAGCUCUACUAGAAUGAGAGCCCUUACAGAGCCGAACACUCGUUUAGGUGCCCCGGAAAACAUCGGUGGCUACGAAUUUGAACACCUUCAUUCUCUUACCCCUUCAAAUGACCUUUGGACACGAAGCAUUCUGCUCCCCAAAGGCCUUAGCCAAACGACACAGCCCGAUAAACUGUCUUACACUCCACAAACGAAUGAAAAGCCACAGAGCUAUGAACCUUUCACAGAGACAAUCACCGGCAACCAAGGCGACCACCUAAACCUUGCCAUUGCAGGGUUUCUGAAACCAACUCAGGCCAAGGACCAGCAUAUCUUAGACUGUCCUAAGUGCAGCAGAGCAAGAGCCGUUAUGACACUUCUCCUCAGAGCAUCUGACCAGUCGAUGGUGACCAAGAACUUUCCAGCUGUCAACAGCACGUCGAAACUUGUCUACCCACUGACUAUGGGCAACUAUCCUGAGACGGACAUUAUAUCCGACACAAUUACAUGUGAUAAGUGUGCCGUGGCCAUGGUUGGAACCAAGAGGGCAGCGCACAAAGAGGCUCUUGUGGUUGCUCUGCCCCUCGUGUCUUACAGCAAGAACCAAGAUGCCUGGCUACAAACGGUAAACAUCGCUACUGGUAGACGGUUUCAUCGUUCAGACCUUGCCCAGGUAUUUCUUAGUAUCAUCUUUACCAAGAUUGAGCACCUUCUAUCAGAAUCCUCCAAAGUUCCCAAUCUUCACAAUGCUUUGAACUGGCAGGCAAGCAUGAUCCAGUGUGAAGUUGUACUCCAAGCAGAGAACUUUCCUCAUGUUUGUCAGCUUGGAGUCGGUCUUUUGAACGAAGUUAUCUUACGUAACUACCGGGAUUGCCUUGUACAGGACAAGUUCCCACUGCUACUAAGCUAUCCUCUUGAUGGCUUUAUUGUUACUAAUGCGGCAUUGUCCAACUCGAAAUACAGCGGCAUCCUAUCGCAACCUAAGCGAAAGUCUGUCGUUCUGCUGCGCUUCUUAUAUCACCUCCUUGAGAACUGUUGCGCCUACGAACAGAAGAAUGGCCCCCUUCAGCUACACGCCGCCAAGACACUCAUACUGCUGAUGGACGAUCCCAGCGGCCCACGGUCAUUAUUCAAGUGGAGAUCUCUCAGGGCCUUCUCUUUCCGUUUCGACAGUCUUCAAGAUCUGCAAAAGUACUUAUCAAACCACGCAGUCAUGGACCGCUACCGCCUGUCUCUUACGGCAGCAGAUCUUCUAGACACGCCGCUCCUCACAGCUACAGGAUUGGCCGCGUUCAGGAGGCUCGGACCACUGUUCAGCUGGAUUGAAAGAGAGGCAGGGAACGCAAUCGCAGUGUUCUUCACUAUCUCAUGCGUCUGGAUACAGCACCGUGUUUGCCAAGUGUUCUGUUCCAGAGACUGA